AUGUCGUCCUCCGUGGUAACUCCGGAAGAGUCGCCCCAGGAUAGCACCCCGCGUACCAAGAAAGCGUGUGACUUGUGCCGCAAUCGAAAAGUAAAGUGCCGGGUUUUGGAGUCUCAAGUGGACUGUGAGGGUUGCCGAGAACUCGGACUCAGCUGCACGCGGGACAAGCCUAGGAGGAGAAGAGGCCCGCUCAAUCGUCACGCCUUGGCUCAGUUGCAUUCUGCCUCAUCAAAUGACCAAGUAUGCACUCCAGCGCCGAGCCUAUCACCUCUUCCUGCUCCUCCGACUCCGGUUACGGUAAGAGAGACUACGAGCGACAAGAGCAAAGCUCCCGGGCGGUCGGUCAACUCGACAUUGGAGUUACUUGGCCCACUCCCACUCAUACAGCGAGUCCUCAGUGAUUGGUUCAAGUUCGUCCAUCCUCUCGCCCCAGUCCUGCACCGACAACACCUCCUGCACCGAAUGCAUACCCAUGGCGAGGAUGUGGACCCUGUUUUUGCGGCUCUGGUUCUGUCCGUAUGCUCGGUAACGGUCUCGACUUUGCGUCGAAAGAGUUUUGAACAGUACCCAGCUAUUACGGUGGAGAAGUGCAUCGGCAUUAUUGAGGACGAGAAUUUGUUACGGCCACAGCCAUAUACCCUUGAUUGGUGUAUUACUUGGUACAACAUCGCCUCGGCGCUCCUCGUCGAUCAUGGGCCCGAGGAUUUUCGAGUAUACAGGGGGAUAAAGGAGGCCAUGACUAGUGUUACGUACCUCCUUUGUUUCAAGGGAGGCGACGGCCAUUCGGAACAGGACAAAGAGAUGUUAAAGCGUUUAUACUGGUUUCUCUUCAUGUGGCAAGUAGGAGCUGAGCUGAGAGGACAGCCUCACCUCACGUUUCUUCCUUUCAACCAGGAUCUGGAACAUUUGAGGCCGAAACCCAUUCUGGAUCGUGAUCUGUACCCUUCCUCAACCCCCAAAAACUACGCGCCCAAUUGGCCCGAAGACGAAAUCCCCUUUAUCCCUGGACUCAAUAGUUUGAUUGAUAUAUUUCUCAUAUGGGAAAAGGGCAAGGUGGACAUCGCAACCAAACCACCCGAAGAGGUACUGACGCGUGCAAUGGAGCGUAUCCAAACCGCCCUUGACGGUCUCCGCCCGGAAUUACGGUGGCGAGGUGGGCUCACCCGGUUCCCACGGGGAGCUUGGGGUCACGAGGUCCAGAUGGUUAAUAUUCUGAUCACGGCACUCUCCAUAAAGUCCAAUUUCCUGCAGCACCUGGGUUCCCUGCUUCCCGGGAUCACGCAUCAAGAUAUUGUCAGUGACGUCCUUGAAAUUCUCAACCACCUUCCACAGCCAGUUUUUGAAACGAAUGGAUGCGCGGCAGUGCACAAGAUCCGAGAUAUUGGGUCAGCAUACUUGGCUGAGCUUCGGAUCGGAUCAGGGGUGGUGGUUGGAGAUAACCAGGCUCAGGAAAAGGUGUACCAGCUAUUGAACAAGCUUGAUAGUCUAGAUUUUCGGCCCUAUGCGGAGAGUGUGGAGGUAUGCGCAGCAGAUCAAUAG